AGUCUAUUUUUAACUGGACGAGUCGUCGUCCGUGUCCUUUUUCGUACCGUGUUAUAUCGUACGGACGACAAUGUGUUUCCUACAAGUAGUUCUAGUCCUUGCGGUAUCUACAUUUUCCAAACUACAAGCUCAAAGUUUGUGUCAAGGUGUUGACUUAAAAAAUGCAAUCAUAGAACAAAAAGUCAUGGAAAAUAUCAGACCAUUCAUUGUUGAACUGAUGCAAACUCAACACCAACACACAAUGGAGGAGUGUGUACGGGUGUGUGACAGGAAAGUAAAACAAACGCACAACGCCACAAAACACCAACAAGAGUUCACACUGAAAUAUGAAAAUAUUUCGAAAAGGGUGGAUGAAAAUGCAGCGAUUGUUAGAGAAAUGAAGCAAACUAAUCCAGAUAAUAUUCUUCUCGAAGAUUUCCCGAUGCAUAUGAGCGAGUCAUCUUUGAACCCAAGAACGUUUUUGUCACUUGACAGGAAGUCCCUUUUUAACUCCCGCAACCCAUGGGCAAAUCUCACGGAUGGCGUUCCUGUUGAUUGGCCGUCAGGAGGCAAUAACACCCUUGAGAACUAUUACGGUGUGAGGGGUUCUCUUCCUUUAAAACACCCAGAUACCGUCUGUUUCGAGGUGGACGCGUACUACAGCAUAUAUUUUAACUUGACUGGGCGAAACUUGUUGUUCGAGAUUGGGAUAGGGCGCGAUAGCGCCAUUGAUAAUUCCCAUUACAUUGGAUGGGAGCCGGACUUUACAUGGUCGUUCGUAGUUUCUCGCGAUGACGUCACUGGUCGUGUAAAAAGUGCAUGCCAGUCACAGCAAAAGAGCAACGACGAGACUGAUGUGGGGAAUAGUACGGCAGGCACCCAACACCACAUGGAACUUGGAAUCCGUGUCAACAUGGCAGACGGAACAAUGAUGGUGAUAGAUAGAUCUUCCCUUGCCAUCAUUUGUAAUUUCACGAACAUUGACGUCACCAAAAAUCUCUGGCCUAUGUUUGGUGUCUAUGCGAAAAGUAGUACCGAUGUCGUAGUGACGUUACGUCAUAGCUUCUUACUGUCGUCGCGGACAUGGAUUAAUCUCUGAAGGAAUAGCAGUGUAUAUCUACAAGGAUGAACAUGGAUAUAGCAGACAUCUUACAGACAAAUAAAUGGUUGAUUUCUGUAUAACAUCGUCUCAAUGAUACAUCAUUUUGCCCUGUGUUAGAUAAUGAUGACAUAUGUGUACCUAUUGAAGAAUGUACGCACAUUAAAGCUAUAUUAAGUAUC